UAAAAAGCCGAGAGAAAAAGCAGAGGAUUGUGAAUAGUUAGCAGCGAGAACGAGAACGCCUGGAUGGGUGGAACUGGGUUUCUUUCCUGGAGAGAAUGACCGAGUAGCGAAGGUAAGCUGAAAUGAUUUGGAUAAAGGGUCACAGCAUCUCUCAGCCACAGGCCAGAUCCCUCCUCCCGAAGCGCCAUCUGCAAACGUAGGUCCGGAUUGAAUCCCACUUUACAGGGAAUCUCUCUUUCUCCUCCCGGUCCUGCUGUGAGAAGAGGACCCCCCCCUUCUCGGACCCCAGACCGUCGAGACGUGGCCCGGGAUGGUCAACUUGAUGGGCGGAGGGCUGCUGUGCUCCGUCUCCGGCUUGGUCCUCCUCAUCGUCGCCACGGCCACGGACUUCUGGAUGCAGUAUCGCUUCUCGGGACACCUCAGCAACCAGGGCCUCUGGAGGUUCUGCGUGGGGGGCAAAUGCCGCCCCCAUACCAUCACCCUCGCCUUCUGGGAUGCGACCCGGGCCUUCAUGCUCCUCUCCAUCCUCUCCUCCUUCGCCGGGAUCCUCCUGGGCCUGACCGCCUUCUCCAGCAGCGCUCGCUCCACCCGGACACGCUCGGCCGGGAUCACACUCUUGAUCGCAGCCCUCUUUGCCUUGCUGGGCGUCUCGGUGUACACCGGGGUCACCGUCCAUUUCUACGGGAAGCGAUACGUCGAGUGGCGUUUCUCCUGGUCCUACAUUCUCGGCUGGAUUGCUGUCAUCCUGACCAUCUCCGCAGGCGUGUUCCAUAUCUGUGCCGUCUCCAGAAAUUCAUCGCCUGAGGACUCUAACGUGGCAAGCGGUUGAUUCCCUGAUCUCCAACCACAGCCUCCAAGUCCUGUCCUCUCCAGGCGUGCGAUCCAUCUUCCUGCGGAUGUCGGGAGUCCCUCGGGCAUCCUGUCGCUUCUUCCCUCGUUUCCCUCCUUCCCAGUGUUUUUCGGGACUCACCAGACACAACUGUGAGAAUCACCACCACCACAUCAGUCAAAGCAAAGAUCAGAAAAGUUCUUUCUUCUUUUUUCCCCCUGGACUACAAUGCCCAGAAUUCUCCAACUGGGAUGGCCCCAAAAGUAACCCUGCUCCCCCGGCUGCCGAGGGCCAAAUUAUAUUUUACAGAGAGCCCACCUUCAGAAGGUAGGAGUCCAAUUCCUCCCCCAGAUACAUGAUUCAGGCAGACCGUUGAGUCUCUGCCAGGAGAGUAGCCAAUGAAGCCCAUGCUUACCAUCCGAGGACCAAUCACAAAACAGGGCAACGAGUAUGCAAAUUACAGGAAAAGUGCCUGCUGGGAAAAUCAGGCAUUUUCAGCACUUAAGGAAUUUCCUUUCUAAGGAUGUGCUGUCUAUAAUGUAUAUUUUGGCUCUCAGUCUCCCAUAUGAAAUUAUAAACCAGUCUCUCUCCCCUCUUUCAGGAGGCAGGAUGGGUUAAAAAUCAAGAUAAUGAGCACAAACAAACAGACAGAAACAAAACAUAAGUAUGGUGCAAAUAUAGUGAUAUUUUUGAACCUCUGUCCUCAAUUUUAUCUCCAGCCCUUUUGCCUCUCUGCAUUUGCCACUUACAAAAGA